AUGGCAGUCAAACUCCCUUCAGAAAUUAUAAUCGACAUUUGUAGUUACCUCCAUCCCGUGGAUCUCUACUCGCUAACAUCCACGUGUAAACGUUAUCGUUCAUUAUUAUGGUCAAAAUCUACCACCACUCAAGAAAUCUGGAAGACUUCAAGAAUUCGUUAUAUUCCGCAUCAAACUUUUCCCCCACCUGAAGAAAUGUGUGAACAACAAUACAUCUGGUUGAUGGUCAUAGCGCAACGAUGUAGAUAUUGUGGAGAAAAAGAUAGAUUCCGACUAUCCGCGCACUGGGAGCUUGGGGCCUACUGUUGUGACGAAUGUUUGGAGUUGAGAUCCAUCAGCCACGAUGUUUUGGUCGAGGAAUGGAAAGUCCCCGAUCAGAUCUUAUCUUGCCUAUUGCCGCUUCAGUCCCCUCCGGUUCCAAGAAAGAAGUAUUAUUUGAUUGAUGAUGUGAUACAAACCAUUAAGGAAUUUCAUGAGUUACCUGACACGGUGAGUGGAGAUGAAUGGCUCGAAGAGAGACAAAUCGAAGUCUUGCAGAAGUCCAGAAUGAACAAAAGAUACAAAGUUCAGAACGAUUUGCUUUUGUACGAACAUCGGUUAAGAGAAAAGGAUCCUUGCGAUUUACUUAAAUCGGGAACGUGA